AUCAGAUUUAGUAUAAACGCGCUAGAGAGAAGUUCGUAUCGCUAUUUAAAGAGUUGAAGUUGUGUAACGAUAGAAGUAAUUUGUGUGAAGGAAUAUAAUCCGAAUUUGUGAACAUGGGUAAAGAUUAUUACAAGCUUCUUGGAAUCACCAAUGGUGCAUCCGAAGAUGACAUAAAAAAGGCCUACAAAAAAUUGGCUUUGAAAUAUCACCCAGAUAAAAACAAGUCACCGGGCGCAGAGGAAAAGUUUAAAGAGAUUGCCGAAGCCUAUGAUGUUCUUGGAGAUAAGGAAAAGAAAGAAGUUUAUGACAAGUAUGGAGAAGAAGGUCUGAAAGGAGGCCAACCCGGAGGACCCCAACCAGGGCCAGGGGGUAGAGCCGGUCCCGGUGGCAACACCUUCCAUUAUUCGUUCCAUGGUGAUCCACAUCAAACAUUCAGAAUGUUUUUCGGUGAAGGAAAUGAUCCAUUCAGAGAUUUCUUUCCCCGUAACCAAGGUUUUGGCGGUGGAUUCGGAACUGGUGACGAACAUAUGGAUGUUGAUGACGACCCCUUUGCCCACUUUGGGGGCUCACGUGGUAUGCGUGGGGGCCACGGGAUGAUGGGACAACCCAGAGCUAAACGACGUGAUCCUGCCAUUGUUAAAGAACUGCUAGUCUCACUGGAGGAUAUAUUAAACGGAACAACGAAAAAAUUAAAAAUAACGAGAAAAGUGCUCAAUUCAGAUGGUAGAUCCACAAGAAAUGAAGAGAAGAUUCUAUCAGUUGAUAUCAAAAAAGGUUGGAAAGCUGGAACAAAAAUAACAUUUCCAAAAGAAGGGGACCAGUCUCCAAAUACUGUGGCUGCAGAUAUCGUUUUUAUCAUAAAGGACAAACCUCAUCCUCUUUUCACUCGGGAAGACACGGACAUUCGUUACAAAGCAACCAUAUCAUUAAAAGACGCUUUAUGUGGUGGGACAGUUAAUAUACCAACACUUGAUGGUCGACGGAUCCCGCUUAAUUUAUCAAAUGUAAUAAAACCAAAAACAGUAAGAAGAAUACAAGGCGAAGGACUACCUCAUCACAAACAAAACACAAAAAGGGGAGACUUAAUUGUUGAAUUUGAUAUUCAAUUUCCAUCAAACAUUAGUGAAUCUGCGAAAAGCAGACUUCGGGAAGUGUUACCGUCGGCCUAAAUUGAAUAAAUUCUAAAAAAUGACAAUAUUGUGAUAUGUAAGGUGCAGUCGGCUUUAUACUAUAGCGAGCUAAGAAAAGUGUCGGUUGGAUGACUGAUUCAAAUUUGAAAACGAUCUCAUGUACCGGUACUAGAAACUUGUUUUUCAUGUUAACUAUGUCUGUGUGACCACGAAUUGGAUGAUGUAAUGUUGUUUAUAUGUUGUGAAUGUAUUUACUUCAUUACCUGCUUUUCAUUAGAAAUGUUUAUUUAAAAGGAGGUGUUUAACCUGCCUACUUAUUACUCUACAAUCGCAACUCGUUUUCAACUCGGGCACCUGUUUUUCUGCCAAAAACAACAGGCUUAUAUUUUUAGCUGUACAGCUUGACACAGAUGAUUCAAUCUGGAAAAAUCUUGGUUAAGAGAACGGAGAUAUCUACAUGUAUCUCUAGUGUCUGAGUAAUAAGUCUAAGGUUAUUGUGAAUUGCGUAGGUAAAUGGUAAAUGCUAACAACAUAUAGCACUAUUAUUAGUAACACCAAAGUACUCUAUUCUCUGUAUGUUAUAAUGACAUUAAGAAAAGAGCUCUUUUCUUCUCUGUAGGUCAAGGGUGUUUAUUAAUACUAUAUUAGAAAUAAAUUUUGUGUGGUUUAAUAUAAUUGUCUUUUUACUAGGCCACCACACAUACUUGUAUAUGUACCGGUAGGCCAACUCCUGUUAUUUCGAUAUUUCGGAAUUUCAGAUAGGAAAAUUUUGGCCAUCAGGAGUGGGAUGGGACGGGACGGGACGGGAACUUGAAUGUAGCAAGUGUUGUAUUCACCAUAUUCAGUCCUCUAAAUAACGGUUGAGUUGUUCCAGACAAAAUGUCAGGCACAAGAAAGGGGUUUGUACCUGAUAAUCCUGACAAUGUGACAGCUGACAGGUGCUCUAUUUCCAGACUGGAUCUUGUUUUGUCUGAAUAUAUUAUUUAAAUGUAUAUUGUUAUGUAUAAAUGUGUUGAGAAAAUGAUUUAAGUGUUUAUAUGCACAAGUUAAUUUGCUGUUAUUACUGAAAUGUUUUGUUAUAAAAACAAAGGUUGGUUGUACAACCAGGUACAGAGAUGUUGUACAUGUUAAUGUACAUAAUUGACAUCAGAUUGAAUACAUUAAUGUACCAAUUGAAAGAUGCUUUGUAUUAUUAAAUUAUUGUUCAAUUUA